UCCGCGUCGCGGCUUCUUAAGGGAGACACGGUCUCUUGUUAAUUCCUCUUCACCAGAAGCGACACGGUCUAUUUUUGGAAUCGUCGCCUUUAUCCUCUGACAGAAAGGAGCCACGGCUCGUUGCAAGUACCGAGAAGGAACGUGCGUGAUGUAAUUUUUCGAAGUAAAACGGGAUGCAGCCGUUUUGAUUAGAAAGUUUGCCGCCUGUCGGUACAGGGUGUACAUGCACAUGUGUGUGGGAGGAGAUUGGAAAGAAUCGGUUUGUCGUACAACGUGUCGGGAAUGAUUACAUCAGAAGUCUUUUGUUUUCCUUCUAUCCGGUCAGUGAGCAGCUGAGCAUCUUCCACCAUGGCGUUCGCGGGGUUAAAGAAACAGAUUAACAAAGCCAAUCAGUAUAUGACGGAAAAGAUGGGUGGUGCGGAAGGAACCAAACUCGACGUCGACUUUAUGGACAUGGAGAGGAAAACGGACGUCACGUACGAGUUGGUGGAAGAGUUACAAAUGAAAACGAAAGAGUUCCUUCAGCCGAAUCCAACGGCGAGGGCGAAGAUGGCCGCGGUGAAGGGCAUCAGCAAACUCAGCGGUCAAGCGAAAGCCUCUACUUACCCUCAACCGGAAGGUGUUCUCGGUGAUUGCAUGCUUCUUUAUGGGAAGAAGCUAGGGGAGGACAGCAUUUUCGCUCAGGCUCUUAUUGAAAUGGGCGAAGCGAUGAAGCAGAUGGCGGACGUGAAAUAUUCGUUGGACGACAACAUUAAGCAAAACUUCCUUGAGCCUCUGCACCAUUUGCAGACCAAAGACCUAAAGGAAGUAAUGCAUCAUCGGAAAAAACUUCAGGGACGAAGGCUGGACUUUGAUUGCAAACGAAGACGUCAAGCGAAAGCUGCUGGAAAAAGAUCAACCAGCCCACAUUUUGGAAGUCCAGCAAAGUCCUCGUCACCGUAUACCGGUUCUCACGUUUCAGACGACGAGAUUCGUCAGGCGGAGGAAAAGUUUGCAGAAAGCCUCCAUUUGGCCCAAUUGGGCAUGUUUAAUCUGUUAGAGAAUGAUGUAGAGCAAGUAGCACAAUUGGCAACAUUCAGUGAAGCUCUUUUGGAAUACCAUCAACAGUGUACUGAAGUUUUAAGAACAUUAACAGAGACACUUUUAGAGAAGAAAGAUGAGGCAGCAAAUAAGCCAAAACUGGAAUUCGUGCCGAAGACGUUGGCCGACUUGCAAGUUGAUUUGCCUACAUCGGAUGCUAUGAACGGUGGGAACUUCACCUUUCACGGGGCAAGUCGAGCUGGGUCUCCGAUUCAGGGGGAUGUGAAGCGCUCGCAGCUCGAGCUAUUUCCAGCCGGAAACCCGCCACAAUCUGCCAAUGCCGGCCAAGAAACUUCUCCCUUGCCAUCUCCAAGUAAAUCUCCUGCAAGAACUCCAAUGACAAGACAACCUUGCUGCACAGCCCUUUAUGAUUUUGAGCCAGAGAACCCUGGAGAACUUGGAUUCAAAGAGAACGAUACGAUCACUUUGAUCCAAAAGAUAGACGAGAAUUGGUACGAGGGUAGCCUGAACGGUCGCACGGGUUAUUUUCCAGUAACUUACGUGCAAGUCGUAGUGCCAUUACCUUAAGAGGACGCGGUGCGUCUCGAAACCAAAGACCCUGCAUUCGUUCACCAGCGUUUAUCAUGAAAAUUAUCUUACACUCCGAUUAGUCUAAAUCUUUCCCUCGACACUUCUCUACUUCAAUCAUUUACGUUAUAAUCCUCAAGCUUAUUCGAACGAUGGAUCCCUGAAUUUACUCUAUUCUGUUCCCUCUUGUUUCUUAUUAUCCCCAAGAUAGGCUCAAUACGCAUGUUAAUGUACAUAUAUAAUGUUAUAGUGUCUUUUAUUGACGUAAGGACCUUCGCGAGCGCUGAUACAUAUUAUACAGGGUGUUUUCAAUCUGGUGGGACAACCCGAAAGGGAGUGAAUCUACGUUAAAAAGUAAGUCGAUAAUGUAGAGUGAGAUUUUUAUUCAUUCUUCAUAGCUUUGUCAUCGGAUUGACAACAGCCUGUAUUUAUAUACAUAUGUACAUGCAACUAUAAAGAACAUGUUAUCAGUACACAAAAUGUAUACACACAUACACACACGCCUAUACACGUCACAUACGACAAAGUACCUACGAUGACAGUACACUGUCAAGGGCGGCUCUUUUCUCAUUUCCUACAUCGCCUCAUCUGUCGUCUGCGUAACAUCGUUCGUUAGUUUCUCACCAAAGUUUAAUUGCACAAAGAUAUCAGAGUGGCAAGACUGCAUUGAAAUUUGUAUUAGCGAAGUACAUUAGAAAGGCCAUCGUCUGGCAAAUGGUAAAAAAUUGGUCGUACUUUUAGACACCAGUCGCAAUCGAAUUUCAGUUUUAGAACUUCGUGUGGUCGAUAUUCGUUGUUUGGCGUUCAUAUCAUUGUUUUUAUACAGUAUUAGGAUACUUACUAAAUUUCACAUAAUCUAAAGUAGUAAAAAAUGUUUUUAAAGAAAAUGGCAUAUUCUUGUUUAGGCAGUCAAUCCUUCGGGACAUUAUAAUAGUUAAUUUAUUUUAUUAUAUCGAAAUUUAAGUUGAAAUUUAUCAAGUGUCCUAAUAUAUUUGAGGGGUAGUUUAUUAUUCUGUCACAUAUUUAAAGCGCACGGUUCCUGAUACGAAGAAGUAACGUUCAUUGAUUCAUGGCAUACAUAUAUUUUUGCGUUGGUCCGUACGGCACAGUGAAAACCGUAUAACUCGUAUUAUUAAUAUAAAAUAUUCGUACGUUGUAUAGCGAUUCGUUUCCAUUCCUCUGUCGUAUAACUCGGCCGUUUACUCCCCCCGUUACUUUUUCUUAUUUUCCUUUAUAAUUAUUUAGAUGAUACCAAAUAGGAAUUAGGCGAUUUAAUUUAGGCGAUUUUUCAAAAUGGCGGCGAACCUCUUCCACGAAGUCGUCGAUUUAAAAAAGCGAACCAUUAGAAAUAUUAUACGAAUUCUAUUUUAAUCGUGAUUGCGUUUAUUGUAAAAUGAAAUUCUUCGUUUAGAAAUGUAGAAUUUGUUGAAAUUAUUGAUACAAUAAGUAGAUAUGUUAUUUAGAAAUGAAAUUCGGAUUGUUUUCCUUGACUUUGUACAAGAGUUCAACCGCCAGAACAAUGAAAGUAAUUAAAGAAACUUGGUUAUUUGUUGCCACGUGGAUUUUAGGUAAUCUUCAACAAAUACUUGCUAAGCAUAAUAUAUAUAUAUAUAUAUAUAUAUAUAACGUUAGAGUAUAUUAACUUUACUUAAUUAUACGUAUGUUGUCGAUGACGCCGACAACGGUGAUGACUAUGACGAUGGCAUUAUUAUUAUCGUUGAUACUGGCAUAUUUUUCCAUUACUGUUACGGUGAAAUGUUUAUAUCGUGAAAUAUUCUUGGCCUUACCUUACAUUUUGAACCGUUCCAAAGGCAGUUUCAUACGAAUGUAUGUAUGUAGUUGGUAUCUGUAAAUUAUUGUGGCACUCUUAGAACAACGUUGCAGUACAAGGGUUGAGUUCUAUGAUGAAUUUGUAUCAAUUAAAGUAGAUCUACUAAUUAAGGAUAAUGGUAUACCAUGAGAUUAAUUGACAUUAUUAAACUAGUUUUUAUUCGUACCUCUUAAUUAGUUGUAUCUUGUAACGCGAACUGAUUAUAUUAUUUGAACUGUACAAAAAGAUCUGUUGUAUUGGAACGUUGUUUUAGUGUCGAUACAAAUUGUCAAGAAUGGAACAAACGGAUUGAUUUACCGCGAAAAAUUCUUAUGAAUUAUUGGCUAAUGUAUUCGAACACCACAACUGCUGCUAUCGUCAUCAGCGUUCAGUUAAUUGCGAAUAUGAAAAAAAAAGAGAGAGAGAGUUACAAGAAGAAACAGACGUUGACAUAUAAUUUUGUCUAUUGUAAUUAUCGUGAAGCAUGAAAACUUCUUUCGAAAAAGAAAAAAAAAACUCGAAGUGUUAUCGAUGUUGUGCAAUAUUAAAAGUUUAACAUCACGGUGUCUGAUCGGUUAUCGCGAUCGCUGGAUCAGUGUUUCUCAAAAAUCGCGUGGAAAGAGCAUUAUUUCUCUUCGAUUUUUAUCUGGCCCGGUGAAAGGUGAGAAAGAAAACUCUCGUUCUUGUGAUUUUGUCUUUGGCAGAGCGAUGCGUUACUGGAAGAACGUAAUUUUAGCGACUAGGUGCCAUAAAAGACAGAAGGUUUUUAUAGUUUCCGAUUAAUAUAGAGGAGGAUGUAAUAUACAUAUAACAACCGAUCCAAUGUACAGUUACGUGCAACUAAGGCUUUUUUAAGUUCCCUAAUUUUAAGUUGAGUUCUCUCUGACUUUCCGUCAUUCCCUUAGCUCUCCCUGGGAUCUCCUUAGGUUCUCCCACGACUGAAGGCAACCGAUUAGAGGAUCCUUUCCAUACAUUUACCCUUUACCAAUGGAAGUUUACGUUGCACCCAACUGUACAUUACAGCUCAAAAGUAUUAAAAUACUUACCAUGUUCCAUGUAAGCUUUAACGAAAAAUUUGGAACACUUAUUCCUUCAGAUGGUUUCUUAGACCAGAGUCCUAUUUUUUUUUUUAAAUUGAUGUUAAAUUAAUAUCAGAAGAGGUGUAGAUUUGUAUGCAAAGGCGUUCUAUAAGUAUGAAGGAAUAGAGUAGUUAUUGCAUAAACUUUUGAUCAAUUAAGCCUGGGCUAGAUUAAUAAAAUAAGUGGUAGAUUAUAUUAACCCUUUGAGAUCGUAAGUCGGGCUAUGCCAAAUGAGUAAGUGUUGUAAUACUUUUGAGUGGUAAUGUAGCUGUUUGUCACAAAUUGUGAUAAUUAAAUGUUCUUUCAAGCGCGAGCAACUGCCAGGAAUUUUGUCAAUUAAUAAAAGUAUGAAAAUCAGCGAGAUACGGGUUGCAAGCGUUUCCAAAUAAAGAAGUAAUUGCUGGUUAUAAUUUGAAAGUCUUGUAACUCGUGUUCACGCGUAAACGAUAGCAAUAUAAGUAAUAUAUUCUUGGAACGAGAGAUAUAUCACGCAAAGUGAUGGGGUACCGUUUGAGAAACACUGUACUGGUACUUACAAGAACCACUGUAAUUAAAAAAAAAAAAAGAAAAAAGAGAAAAACAAAAAAAAAUCAUAUUAAUGGGAGAUUAAUCGAUUGGUCGCGCGAUAUUUAUUUUCGCAAGUUCGCAGCCUGGUUAGCUGCUCAGGGACCUGCGGCUAAUUUCAUUAUUUUCUCGUCGUGAACAGAACAGAGGCGAUCGAGGAUCGUGAAGGGGAGAAAAGGAAGAACGAAACGAAACGAUCUUAUAAAAUUACUAAAUCGGUAUCUUACUCUAUAAAUGUUGGCUAUUGUUAAAUGUUGAAUAUUGUUCUGCGGAGGGCUUGCCUCCUUUCGAACGAUCGAGCACGGACCGUUUCGAAUCGACGAUCGUCCUUUUUAUUUUUAUUACGUCCUUCUUUUAUUAAUACUAACGAUAAGUUAGAGAUGAAUAAACUUUUUUAUAUCGUAAUAACUAUGCUAGAGACUGUUUUCGUAGGUAGAUUUCAUGUUUAGACGAUAUAUUUUGCGAGGUGGAAGAGGUUGGGUGAGUCGGUACCUCGGGAGAUCCAUUCGAAGCGACAAGCUCUCCGCAUUUUAAUUGUAAUCUAACUAUUUGGGGCUCGAAUAGAAUCCCCGUAAAGUCACUGGAACAUCCUUGGUCUCAAAGAAAUUGAAUCGUUAUGGGCGCUUCCCUUUCUUUGUUUUUUCUUUCUUUUAGAAAACUCCUUCCUGUUUCUCGUGAUCCUGGUCUACUUAUAUUUUGUAAGCAUCAGAAUGGCUGGAGUUCACGAGUAACACGAAAGAAAAUAAGAAUACUUUUUUAUAACACGAGUAUGUAGAAUUUUCUUUGGUUGUUCUUCUCGUUGUCUCUGAUCUCUCAUUUCGUUGCUUUAUUUUCACUCUCGACGAAGUGCAAAAGAGACGACCAGCGGAUGCAAUGCAGUGAUACUUUCAGACAAUACAUUACAAUUAAUUACACUUAUAUUAAAUAAAUUAAUCUAUUAUGAUUAUUGAACUCCGAUCGAAGAACAAUAUACGAACAUGUACUCGAUUUCGGUCAAUGCUAAAUAAUUAUUAUCACUAAUUAAGAAAUAAAGUGUGCUCUAUGUCAUGCUAUUAUAA